UCAGGUCAGCAUGACUUUUUUAUACCGUACACUCAGGGUUUAAUGCUUUCCUUGCACAAAACAACCUAGAGAUUAGACAAAAUAUAGAGAGAAAUGAAAAACAAAAGCUAAGAGGUUAAAAGGUCAGUCAACUGGCCUCUCUUGCAAACAAAAAGCCAUGUCUAUGAACUUAUGCCAACGGCUUCUCCACAGAACCAGGAAUUUCUUCUCCCUCUGUUAUCACAACCGAGUCAUGCCCGAGUCAUGGACCCCCGUUCACUACAGAACCAUGCAUCAUCUCAGCCACUCUCCUGAAGCCAAAGAGAUGUUCCAAGCUCAAUCCCACCUCUACAACCACACCUUCAACUUCAUCUCUUCCAUGUCUCUCAAAUGCGCGGUCCAACUCCAAAUCCCCGACGUCAUUCACGACCAUGAGCGACCCAUGACCCUCCUCGAGCUGGCCUCGGCGCUCCGAAUCCACCCGUCCAAAUCGACAUGUCUUUACCGCCUCAUGCGGGUUUUGGUUCACUCGGGCUUUUUCGCAGAGACCCUAGUUUUGAAGAAAGGAGAAGAAGACGAAGAAGAAGAAAUUAAGGCUUAUGUCUUGACUCCUUCGCGUUUGCUACUGAGCGAUAAGGUCGUGGGGCUCUCUCCAUUCGUCGUGGCCAUGCUCGAUCCAGCUCUUGUGACUCCUUGGCAUUUUCUUGGAGAUUGGCUCCAAGGAAAUAACGAUAACGAUCGCAGAGACAAAUUAAUCAAUCCUUUUGAGGCUGCGCAUGGAGUCAAUCUAUGGGACUAUGGGAGGAAGAAUCCUGAAUUUGGGAAUACAUUUAAUAGAGCAAUGGCCAGUGAUUCUCAGAUGAUGAAUUUGGUAAUUAAGGAUUGCAAAGAGAUAUUUGAAGGGUUGAAUUCUUUGGUGGAUGUCGGAGGCAGCACGGGAAUCGUGGCGAGAAUAAUCUCCGAGGCGUGUCCGGGGUUGAAGUGCACGGUGCUCGAUCUCCCGCAUGUGGUCGUCGGCUUGCCGGACAGUGAGAAUGUGGAGUUUGUUGGUGGUGAUAUGUUUGAGUCCAUUCCUUCUACAGAUGCUGUUUUACUCAGGUGGAUGUUGCACGCUUGGAGCGACGAGAACUGUGUGAAGGUGCUGAGAAAAUGCAAAGAAGCAAUUGGUGACAGAAACAACGAGCAAGCAAAGGUGAUAAUAAUAGACAUUGUGAUAAGUGAGACCGAGGACGAUGCUCAAGAAGAAACUGCGACAAAGCUCUUCUUCGAUGUAUUGAUGAUGACCUCGGUCACAGGAAGAGAGAGAACCGAGAAAGAGUGGGAAAAACUUUUCUUGGAGGCCGGUUUCAGACAAUACAAGAUAACUCCUAUGUUUGGUUUGAGGUCUCUAAUUGAAGUUUUUCCUUAGGUAGUGCGUGUCAUUUUGAUUCAAAUAAAGCAGAUAUGUUGUCUCCAAUUAUUGAUCUAUAUGCUGCCUCCAUCACGGGA